GCGCGUACUUCGGAAAAGAACGGUCAGACCCUGGAACAGUUUCGGACAGGAUGGACUGACGAUCUGGCACCGAGGUCCUCGGGCGUCAGCAGCAACAGCGCACAGCAGCAACAGAAGGCACCGGCCUCAAAAGAAUAUCCUGGCGUCCAUAGCCCGGCUGUGAGGUGUUCACCUGACUGCGGUCAUCCACUGACAAGUAGUCAUGCCCGAAGAGGAGGAUGAUGACGACAAAAAGGGAAAGAAGGGAGGAAAGGAUGACAAAAAGGGAAAGAAGGGAGGCAAGGAUGACAAGAAAGGAGGCAAGGAUGACAAGAAAGGAGGCAAGGAUGACAAGAAGGGCGGUAAGGACGACAAGAAAGGAAAGGACAAAGGAGAUAAGAAAGGCAAGGAGGAUAAGAAGGCUGACAAGAAGUCUCCAAAAGGUGAAAAGUCUCCAAAGGAAAAGUCUCCAAAGGAAAAGUCUCCCAAGGACAAGAAGUCUCCGAAAGAAAAGUCUCCUAAAAGCGAGAAAUCUCCGAAGGCCGAGAAGCAUUCCAAGGAGCCUUCUCCCAAAAAGGAUGAAAAGCAUAAGAAAUCGCCCGCUAAAGAGCCAGAAUCCUUAUCGGUGAAAUCUGAUAAAUCUUCCGACAAGUCCGAGAUUAGCUUGAAGUCUGAAAAGUCAUCUGCGAAGUCUGACUUGUCGAAGGGUUCCGAAGUGUCAAGCGAGCCACCGCCACCGCCAAAGCCCAAGAAAGAGAAGAAGUCACCGAAGAAGGCAGAAGCUGACGCACUUGAUCGUAAGUCGAGCAUGGGCACUUCACCGGAGAAGAAAGACAAGGACCACAAACACAGCAUGGAUGCAGGUGCUCAGAAGAAGCCCAUGGGAAUUCCACCUCCACCGUCCGAUUCUAUGAAGCGGGCCAUGCAGGAGACAGGUCCUGUAUACGCCGAGCGGAUUUACACUGACGAAUAUGAAGAUGAGGAAGAAGGCCGGAACUACAUCGAGGUCCAGAUGUUUGAACGUAGACGGUCCAACACACGCGUUCCUCAACAGCAGCAGCAACAACCUGGACCUCGGGACUCCUUCCAUCGUGAAUCAAUUUCGCGAGAAGCUCCUCAGCAAAUGUACUACGAUCUGCCACAGCAGAUCCAGAUCACUCCACAAGUCCAGGUCGUCACUCGCCCCGCAGUUUACGAAGAGUACUACGAGGAAGUCUCCAUGCCGCACACCCGCGUCGCGACUGAACGGGUGGGACCGCCACAGUUAGGACCACCGCCGCCGCCUCCGCCCCAGAGUUAUUACGACCAUUACGGUUACGACAGGUACGCGGAACCGCAGAGACCCCCUACCCCUCCUCCGCCUCCGCGAGAAGACUCACGAAGGCCUAUCAUUUUGCCACCUACCACAGUAGUCGUCAACCUGAGCGAAACGCGUGUGGCUCAAGCGGCUGCCAUGGCAGCUGCACAGCAGUCUAGACUGGCAGCACAGGAUUAUAGGUCCCCCUACGAACUCGAGGCGAUUCGUCAUGGCAUGGCUAUGAGGGCGUCGCGAGAAGAACUUCUUCCAGCUCAGCGAUUUUCUCCGCCACCUCCACCUCAGCAAGCGCCACCUCCUCCACCCCAGCAAGCUCCUCCGCCGCCACCCCCGCCCCAACAGGUGCAGCAUCCACCACCCCCGCCCCAACAGGUGCAGCAUCCACCACCGCCACCGCAGCAUCCACCACCUCCACCGCAGCAUCCACCACCGCCACCGCAGCAUCCACCACCUCCACCGCCACCGCAUCAGACCCCACCAGGCCAACGCAGUCCUGCACAGCAAGCGUCCCAAACGACGGUGUCGCAGUCACUAGUUCCACAGUCUCAGUGUCUGCUGCCAAAAACCAUGAAUAUCACGCAUCAGCUUCGCGAUUUCCAGCAGCAUAACAGACAGCCGUUGGAAGAAAACUGUAUCUCUUCAACAGAAAGAGUCAUCUACGAAGUUAUCCGUAAGAUGGAAGGGACUUCGACGUCGACCGAGACGAAUGACGAGGCAUCGCAAAGGCAGUUAGGGCCGACCGUUAGCCAGACUUAUAUUAGGACCUCAACACAGGCGUUGGGUCCUCAGGGUCCUCAGGCGGUGGGACCGAGGUCGUCUUCUCCGCCGCCCUUACCGCCGCCUCCGCCAGUCUUCGCUGCUCCAAGGUUAGGAAUGCAACAGAGGCCUUAUAUUCAGGCACCUUUGUACGGCGCACAUGGUGGCAGUCAGGUCUCCAUGAGCAGAUUUUCGCCUCCGCCUCAAGCCGCCCACUUGGCCCCUACGCACAUGGGGCCACCACAGCGUUUGCCACCACAAUAUGGCGGGCCAGUACAUAUGUCCGCGCAGACGUUCGUGCAGAGGGGGCCCAUGCGCGUGCCAUCCUUGCCUUCGAACGCGCCAUCUGCUCCACGCACACCAGUCAGAAUGCCGCUCGUAGGACCACGACCGGGCAGCCGGCCAGGCUCUCCUCAGCCCUACAGUGUUCCUCCUCCAAGACCUCGGGACGAUGACAGCAUGUCCCUAUUUCCGGAGAGGUCCCUCAUUAUGCUCCUGGUUUUUCUGUUCAUCUUCGUCUUGAUCGUCGUCAUCUUGGCCAUUACCGGCAUGAAUCCCUUGGGUUCGGCUGGUAAGGCCGCUGCCUUGGAGGCGACUAAACCGACUGUGGUGGAAUAGCGUUCCCCGUCACGACGCCCACAAACUGCUGUGUGCUUGCUCACUAAUUAAAUGGUCACUAAUUAA